GAUGAGUUACUUGGGUAUUACUCCCUCCCUCACUCAAUUCACACGCCUCCCUUUCCCUUUCCUUCUUCCUUCUUUCUUUCCCUCCUUCCUUCCCUUCUCCCCCUACUGUACCGCCAGGGCUGGCUGUUGUACCGCCCCUUGUGACUGCCGGCCAGUUGCACGGCACCUCCUGCAAGAUUCCCCAACCCCUGGCCUUAGAUCUCGACCCUCACCACAGCAGCUGCGCUGCGUUUUUUCCCGACCGGCAGCCACACCACAGUGAACAGCCGUCCACCCUUCCACCACCAGCAACCGCUUCACUCCCUGCGGCCAGCAACUAGCGGCUGUGACAGCAGCAUCCCUGAGCCGUGACUCCAUCCACCACCACACUAACCACUCUUCUCUCCACCCCUUUCUCUUGUUCACCUAAGUUCCCAGUUCAUAAGAGGAAAGUAGAACCUUAGUUGGGUGACUUUUGUAACGUUUAGUCGUGCAGUGACGCUUGCAGCCACUCCAGCUGUUACUGGUUACCACACACUACCGCACGCAGGGCCUUCCAGGGGCGCCACCAGUAGCCACCAUCCAUGCGGACCACGCCUGUUAGUCGUUAGUCGUCACAUCCACUCUUCAAAUCUACUUGAUUAAAGUUUGAACUGCAGUAGAAUCCUCCAUUGAAUAAUUGUAUCAAUGUCUAACCAAUCUAUGAAUUUUGAAGGUCUUUUGAAUGAUUUGCAAAACUGGGAAAAUACUCUCAAUGGAAAGGACCAGUUGAAUAAUAAGGAUUCACACAAGGGUAAAAUGGUGUUUGCUACUUUACGGGUGAUGAUUUUUGUGUUACGGAUGGUGAUUUUUGUGAAACUUGAAGUUUUGAACGACCAUAAGCAAACUGUUGGUAUAAGUAACUCCACUUUGGUGAGCAGUGGUGUGAGCCAGCAUCGACCUCCAACAAAGUAUGAUCCAUUGAGCCAUAUGUCGAGUACUUUCAUGACUAACGAUAAUAUUGUGGAUGCCUCCUCUGAGAAAGAUUUGGGAAAUGAAUAUUUUAAGCAAAAGAAGUUCAAUGAAGCAAUUGAUUGCUAUUCCAGAAGCAUCGCUUUGUCGCCAACAGCUGUGGCUUACGCCAAUAGGGCAAUGGCUUAUCUCAAAAUUAAGCGAUAUCAAGAGGCUGAGGAUGACUGCACAGAGGCUCUAAACUUAGAUGAUCGCUAUAUAAAAGCAUACUCACGUCGAGCUACAGCCAGAAAGGAGCUCAAGAAACUGAGAGACUCCUUAGAAGAUGUUGAGUUUGCGUUGAGGCUAGAGCCACAAAAUGUAGAUCUCAAGAAACAGCAUGCUGAAGUGAAGUUCUUGCUUGAGAAGGCAAUUCUUGCAAAAGCAGCGGGAACAGAUACAAGAGCUGUGCCUAGGGUGAAAGAAAUUGAGAAACAGGUAGAUGACAAUGGAUAUGAAAAACCUACUCUGUGUGCGUCUGAACGAAGUAAUAAAGUGGGAGUUGAUGUUCUUCCAGAUAACAUCCCAAAUCAACAGCUGUCUUUGAACAAAACUCCUGAUUCUGGAGAGAGAGAUGUCAAAAUCAAAACAUCUGGUGAUAGAAACAGGCAAAAAUUAAAUGGCUUGCAUGGCAUUGCAUCAAGCAAUUCUCCUUUGAGUGGGAAAAAAGAGUUGGGGACAUCAUUUCAAGAGCUUGCUUCUCGGGCUGCAUCUCGAGCCAUAGCAGAUGCUGCUACAACUAUCAGUACCCCAAAAUCAGCUUAUCAGUUUGAAAUUACUUGGAAAGGACUUUGUGGUGACCGUUCUUUACAAGCUCGUAUGUUGAAGGCCACUCGACCAGAUACAUUGCCACAGAUUUUUAAGAAUGCUUUAACUGCCCCCUUACUUAUCGAUAUUGUCAAAUGUGUUGCAUCCUUUUUUGUUGACGAGACUGAGCUUGCUGUCAGCUAUCUGCAAAAUUUGACGAAGAUCCCAAGAUUUGACAUGAUCAUUUUGUGCCUUCCUCCAGUAGACAGGGACGAGCUUUGCAGGAUAUGGAAUAAUGUAUUUCUUAGCACUGCUACUACUAUUGAGCUUGGAGAAUUGCUUAGUGACCUCCAUCCAAAGUAUUGCCCUCGACGAUUUCGAUGAUCUCAUCCUUCAACAUUCAGGACACACUCAUUUUGUAUAUUGCUGCCACAUUUUGUACAUUGUAAUAUAUUUUAAUUUUUACAUUAGCUUUUUUGAGGUUCUCUUGAAGUAUAGCUUGAAUAUUUUUUAUGAUUAGUUUAGCAUGAGCUUUGAUCGGAUUUAUUUUUUCCUUUUUCAGGUUACAUUCCAAUUAAGGUUGUGUUUCAUAUUAGAGCUUGCCUUUGGCUAAAGGCGUUACUUGCAUUUAUUUAUGGUCUAUAAUAUGUAUUGAAUUGAACUGAAUCAAGUAUGUCGGCAAAAAAAAAAAAAAUUGAUGUUAUAAUUUUGAGAAUGAUUUGAACUAAA